AAUCCCGCUUCCUCUCUUUAUCCAAUCCAUUAAAUCCUAAAAUCCAUUAUUGAUUGAAUCUUCGAGUUACCAACAAAAAAAAAACUCUCCUUUAUUUCAGUCUUCUUUUACAAAUCAUAAUCUUCUCUUUGAUUCCAUCUUGUGAACCACCGGCAUAAGAAAAUAUGACAAUUGCUUUAACGAUCGGAGGAAACGGGUUUUCGGGUCUACCAGGAUCGUCGUUUUCUUCAUCAUCUUCGUCGUUUCGAUUAAAAAACAGCAGAAGAAAGAACACGAAGAUGCUCAACAGAUCAAAAGUCGUUUGUUCUUCUUCAUCUUCUGUAAUGGAUCCGUAUAAGACUCUUAAGAUCCGACCCGAUUCAUCUGAAUACGAGGUCAAGAAAGCUUUCAGACAACUCGCUAAAAAGUAUCAUCCUGAUGUUUGUAGAGGAAGCAAUUGUGGGGUACAGUUUCAGACAAUUAACGAAGCUUACGAUAUUGUGUUGAAGCAAAUUAAAAAUCAGAUGGAAGGGACGGAGGAAUUUGAGCCGUUCGAUGUAUACGACGAGGGAUUGAACGGAAUGAAUGAUCCAGAUUGCGACACGUGGGAAGAAUGGAUGGGAUGGGAGGGAGCAGGAACCCGUGAUUACUCCUCUCACGUUAAUCCUUACGCUUGAUAAACGAAUGAUUUCACUAAUUAAUUUCGAAAGAAAUCAUCCAAAUGUGUAUAAAUAACAAUCAGAGAGAGACUAAAAGCACAACAAUGUAAAUAAGUGAAAUUUGUCUCGGAUAAUGAUUGCUUAAAUGUGAAUAAAGUAAUCUCUCCUUUGUGUAAAAGCGUUUUUAGCUUUCCUGAUUUUGGAACUAAUCUUUGAGAUUAAGCGAAGGUUUUAUUCAAACCGUCAAGGGUCAAGUUCCACGUUUACUUUUAGUUGUGGAUACAAAAGUCACCAAAUUCUCAUUCUUUGUAACGGUUUCUUUUAUAUCUUAUAAUUGAAAAUCUAAAACAUAUCUCAAAACACUUCAAAAACACUUUC